CUCCUCUCUCCCUCCACACACAUGGACAGAUGAGGCAACUCCACAGAGGACCGAGGUGUAGGCGGCUGCUGAUAUAUGACUGCAUCUAUCAUGAUUAUAAAGAGCAGCCUGUUCACAGCUGCCUGGAGAGAGACCUGCUGCUGCCAUGGCACAUAAACUGAAGGUGCUGCCAGCUGAGGCCUCCUGCGGGGAGCAGGAGAUGGGUAUUGGCUCGGACGAGCCCGUGUGCAUCCUCAUCGAACACUGCCGGGACAUGAAGCAACAGGAAACGCGCCUCAGGCUCAUCACCCUGCUGCUGUUCCUCUGCUGUUCAGCACUUUACAUCUUCACCAUCUGUGCUGAGCUAAGGAAAAGAGAACAACAAAGCUCAGGUGAGCAAAGGGCAGCCGCCCCCCUUCAGCAGAGCCUGCACGCUGCAGUGAACCAGUCGCUGGUCAACGUCCCAUCUGCAGAAAAGAAAAGAUUCAACAUUCAACUCAGUUGUAUAUUUGAAAAGACCAAGACUGAGGGGAAGCAGCUCUUGUGGGUUCCGAACUUUUCCUCAGAUAAUCAAGACAACAAUAAGACAAAAGCCAUCGUUAUUCCUGAGGACGGCGUCUACUUCAUCUACAUAGGGACUUCCUUGAGUUGUCGCAAUGAUUUGGGAGCUGCAUCGUUCAACGAGUUCCAUCUGAGGCUGUCCCGAUGGAGCCAAUCUUACAUCAAGCACACGACCCUCGCCGAGUCCCAGGACGGACUCAUGUGUCCUCCGGUGGGGUUCAGGAGCGUGUACGUGGGACAGCUCUUUGACCUUUCGGAGGGAGAUCACGUGAGCGUGUGGAUUGAAGCUGGCUACGAACUGAUCGAAAAGUCCACAUUUGGGGCUUAUCGUGUGGAGAGUUAAGGUUUCUGCUCAUUGAUUCAGGCUUUGUAAUGUAUUUGUUUAAAUGUUUUAUAUAUUAGAAAUACUUUUUGGUUAUUUAUCACCAAUCAUUAAUAAGCUUUGUAUGUUUUACAGUAACUUGAGGCUUUAAAAUGACUGGCUGGGAAGAUUUCAACAGAAUAAUUAACACAUGUUAACUAAAUGUUAAACUAACUUACUGAGUCUAUUUAACAGCAGUUUUACAUUAACUCUGAUCAUUACUAUCAUUAAUUCUGGUGAAAAGAAUGUGUGGAAAAAUGUGAAAAUGAUCUUAUAGCACCAGCAGGCACUGAGUAAACAUGAAUAUAUAAAUAUAAAUAUGAUAGAAAGAUGUGACUGCAUGGGGUCAUUCAGUUUAUUGACAUAACUUUGAUAUUGUUGAACAAGAUUAUUGUAUUAUGUCUUAGGAUUUUAUUACUACUAUGUUUUAUUGUAUUUUUCUGCAUGAACAAACUUGAUUUGAUACAUGACACUACAACUGGAUCUUUUAAAUUCACAUAAGAGACAAAUUAUUAUGUGUUUGAUUCCAAAGAUGAAAGGAUGUAUCACUAAUUUCACCAAACGUGAUUUGAGUUGAACACAACAGGAAGUUUAAUAUGUUGAACAUGUCAAACUUAUAUUAACAAUAUACAAAGAAAAAAUCUAGAAGAAACUGUGAAAAUUUUGACUUCCCACAAUAUUAUCACAUAUAUUAUGUGUAUUUCAGGUUCGGUGAAGUGUAAAGUGAAAACUAGGGAAUAUAAAGAUUACUUAUCGUUCAUCACAUCAGACAGAAAAAGUGCUUUUUGUUCAAAUAAGUUGUUUUUCAUUCAAUUAAAUAAUUCAAACUGGA